UUUAAAGAAACAAUGGCUUAUCUUGCAUUAAGAAAUAAUAUGAUGACCCGUAGGAUUGUGAGAAACUAUUCCCAAACAAAUACUCUGUUCAGAGCACAAGUGAGGGCUUUCAGCUCGAUGGAUACCUUCAAAUACGAAGAUUUGGAAAUCAAACUUACAACAAAUCCAAAAGAAAAACCAGGAUCAGACCAUCAAUAUGAAUUCGGAAAGCUGACCACAGACCAUAUGUUAGAGAUUGACUGGGAUGUACAAACUGGAUGGGGAAAACCCCUGAUUAGUCCUUACCAUAACUUCUCAAUGGACCCUUCUAACUCAACUCUUCAUUACGCUCUGGAAUGUUUUGAAGGACUAAAGGCUUUGCCUUCUUAUGACAAAAAGAAGAUACAUUUAUUCAGACCAAUUGAGAACUGCAAGAGAAUGAAUAACUCUUUCAAGGCCUUAGCUUUUCCUGAAUACGAUAACGAAGAGCUCCUCAAAUGCAUCAAGAAGCUCGUGGAUGUUGAUAGAGACUGGAUGCCAUGGAAAGAAAAGCACUCUUUGUACAUUAGACCAACUGGAAUCUCCUGGGAGAAUACUCUUGGAGUCAAAGCGGCUAGCAAAGUCAAACUCUUCACUAUCCUUAGUCCUGUUGGACCUUACUAUCCUAAAGGAUUUAAGCCUGUCAGUGUCAACUGCUACACAGAUUUUGUGAGAGCUUGGCAUAAAGGCUCAGGAGACAAGAAGCUUGGAUCCAACUAUGGACCAACAAUCAGACCUGCAAAGACAGUUGCAGUCUCAGGCUACGAUCAGAUCCUUUGGCUUGUCGGAGAUACUGUCAGCGAAGUCGGAGUCAUGAAUUUCUUCGUGUUCUGGAUCAACGAAAAUGGAGAGAAGGAAUUGAUAACAUGUCCUCUAGACGGCACUAUUCUCCCAGGAGUCACUAGAUCCUCAAUCCUUGCUCUUACCCAAUCUUGGGAAGAAUUUAAAGUAACUGAAAGACACUUUAAAAUUCAAGAGGUCAUUAAGGCUGUUGAAGAGGGUAGAAUCAUCGAAGCUUUCGGCUGCGGAACAGCUGCCGUUGUUUCCCCAGUCCAAAAAAUUGGAUAUGCCGGCCAAGAUUACGACAUUCCAAUCAACGAGGAGCUCCAAAGCGGAGAACUAGCCAAUAGAUUAUUCACUCAAUUAGAUGAGAUCUAUACCGGCAAAUCUCAAUUCAAAGAUUGGGCUGUAGAGGUCUAG